AUGGACCGAGGACCGAUGCGAAACGAAGACAUCGAGUUCGAUGAAUUGCGGGUGCUGGACGAGGAUAAAGAGAUGCUCGGGGUGAUGUCCACGGACGAGGCGCUGGAACUCGCGGCGGAGAAGGAAUUGGAUUUGGUGGUCAUGAGCCCGGACGCGGAGCCGCCGUUGGCGCGAAUCAUGAAUUACUCAAAGUACAAGUACGAAAAGGAAAAGAAGGAUCGGGAGGCGAGGAAGAAGGCGGCGGCGGUGCGCGUGGACAUCAAAGAAUUGAAAAUGAGGUACAACAUCGAUACGCACGAUUACGGGGUGCGACUGAGGGCGGCGCAAAAGUUUUUGGAGGGCGGGGACAAGGUUAAGGUGAUUUGUCAGUUUCGCGGGCGCGAGAACGACUUCCGGGAGAUUGGGCGGGAGAUGUUCGCUCGAUUCGUAGAGGACGUUGGCGAGGUGGGCUCGCUCGAGAGCAAGCCUAGCAUGGAAGGGAACUCGAUGACGAUGUUACUCGCACCCACGGUCGCCAAGGGCGACAGCAAGUAA